GGAUGGAUGGAUGGAUGGACUUUGCUGCUGUUGUGACUUCAACUUACAGCCUACUUGCAGUUGUCUCUAUGUGAGUGCUUUCCUGAUAGAAAAGGCGCUAUAUACACCAAAGCAUGAGUGGCUGAUUCUGAUGGGUAGUGACCCCUGCACUUCUAGCUUGGACCCCUGCAGCCCUUGUUAGGAAAGGCGCUAUAUACUCCAAGGUCUGAGAGACUGCAAUGAGUACGGGUGUCUGUGUUUCUGAUUGCUCCUGUUAGACAAGGCGCUGUAUGCAGCAGGCUGCAAGUCCCUUCCCCGAUUGUAGUACAGAAAAGCUCUGAGGUUGUGCAAAAAGGCGCUAUAUACAGUAAUGAUGAUUCUCAGCUGGUAUUGUGACUUCAGUGCAUCCAUUUUGCUGCUCUCUCCACUUGAGUGAUUUUCUGAUACAAGAGGCGCUACAUUCACCAAAGACUACUAUAUACUCCAAACACUGAUUCUACUAAGCAUGGAAAUCCGCACUUCCGAUUGCUCUUGCUAGAAAAGGCGCUAUAUACAGCAGGCUGCAAGUCACUUCCAUGAGUGAGCUUCCUCAGAAAGGCGCUAUAUAGCGUACAGUAAAGACUGAGUAAUGCUAACUGAUAUGCACAUCUGCUUUGUGACAGCUCUUGCUUGAAAAGGCGCUAUAUAAAGCCAAGAUUGAGCCAGCUGCAGACCGUUCCUUCUGCCACAGUCUCCAGAGGAGGCGCCACACAUAACGGCGUAGCGUUCAUCACUGCCGCCUCACAUCUCCAGAGGCCCGGGUUCAAAUCUGUGCGGAGAGGCCCUGUGCCUGUACGAGUUUUCUCACAGACGUUCCCCCAUCCCGACUAAUGACGUGGUAAAUGAAUUGCCCAAUGUGUGAGGGGGUGGAAGUGCACCCUGAGGUGUGCCAGUGCCCCGUCCAGGGUUGGGCCCUGCCCUGAUAGGAAGACAGAAACAGGAAAUGGAAGGCUGGAUGGAGACGUGUGGUGGUCUGCACAGUAAAUGGAGGUGCGCAGCAUUCCGCCCGUCUGUCGUUUACGAGUGCAUAACCCACCAAUUUAGGCAAACUGAAGGGUCGAGACGGCCACCCCGUGUGACGUCAUUUCCCUGUGCUGAAGCCCUGUGGUGGACUCCUUGGCAGAUGGUCCAUGUCAGACGGCCAAGUCAGCUUACCACACUGGUCACUGGUUUGAGCCGCUUGAGGAAGCCCACGCGGACGAUUGAGGAACAUGUAAAGUGCGCGUGGCCGGCCGGUCACUGGGCUGAGCACUGCGCCACUGUCACGAUUUGCUUUUGCGAGAACUGCAGGUCAGUCGGCCACUGCGAGUUGGACACGAGGCCACCGUUACUGUGACGGGUGGUCAAGCGUGAAUCUCGGGAUGCAGACGCUCACGACCGAAUGAAGUCAACCCAAACCCCACACAUCCCCAUGCCCAGAACACCGUCCGCCCCCAUCCACGCCUCAAACCACGAAGAUCCCGGGAUUAACUAAGACCCUUGAGGCGGGCAGGUUUAACAAAACGCAAAGUCGCGAAUGACUUAAAUCAGCUAGCGGUGAGUGUGUGUGUGGUGGGGUGGGGGGUGUAUCAUAAUGUGGGGCCAGUCUUACCAGGGCGCGCAUGCUCAGUUCCGAGUCACCGAUCAGCCCCAGGGCUCAGGGGCAUUGCUGGCACUGGUGUGUCAUUUAAAAGCACAGCGGCGCCCCGCUCCUCCCCACGGCAUGCGCCUGCGCAGCACAUAAAUUCGGCUGGUGGGCGGGGCAAGUCCCUCGUGACUGCCUCUCCCUGUCGAUCGCCCAGCAACGGCCGACGCUUUUGGAAGCGCCGAGGCGGGGCUAUUGGGGGCUGGGGGGUUGUUAUAAGACUGAGAGCAGCGGCGCUUCCUUACAAGAAAACGAGCGUCACGUUCACACAGUGACAAUGAGGAAGAGCCGGAGCGACGCGCAAGUUUGCGGGCACCUGCGCAGCACGGGGACAGCGUGGGCCACAUAGUGGGGCGAGUCCAACGUGUCCACCGCCAGCGACUCCCAGAGCUGCAGACCUCCAGCUCGGGUCAGACUCGGAGAUUUUCGGUGCCGAGCAGACAAGGAGCUCAUGAGAUGUAAACCGCUUCACGUGAAGACGCCCACCCAGGGGUCAGCACUCCUCGAGCUCCGCUGGACAGCAGAGGUUGAAGGUAUCGGGACUUUGAGGUCCUUAACUCUCAGGACUUCACUUACUGGACGGACCCCCGGGGAUUGAACCCGGACCCCCGCAGACACUGAGGGCUUCUAUCACACGACAUUGGUCCUCAGGGUCCUUGACUUUGUAGACUUCAAGUGCUUCAUCCAAAGACGCCCAGCCAGGGAUCAGCACCCCUAGAGCCUGGUUCAAGGCAUCGGGACCUUGGGGUCCUUAACUCUCAGGGUCUGUGCUGCUGAAGACUAUCUGACGGCUGAUGAAAUUGUCAGGACCCCAAGGCCCCCAACUUCUAGACUUGAACUACCUCUUGGAUCUGCGCUUCUGGACCCCAAACACAGCAAACCUGGGGUCCAACAGAAACUGAGGGCUCCCAUGACACAACACUGGUGUAACACAUAAAAGGGAGAUGCUUCACCUGGGCUCCUCGAUCCAUCAAGGGGCUUAACUCCUCCACGUUAGAUCUGCACUAAUGGGCCCCAAGGUGUUGAACGCGGACCCCUGCAGAGACUGAAGGCUUUGAAAGACUCAAAUUGGGAUCCCUGGACCUCAAGGUCUCCAUCUCUCCAACUCGAUCUCCUAAAUCUGAAGACGUAUACCUCUUGGACCUGCACUCCUGGACCCCAAAAAGCAAAGACCUUGACUUCUAACCUGAGAUCUUUCAUAUUGGAGUUGCAUUACUGAAGCCCAAUGUGUUGAACCCGGACCCCUGCAGAGACUGAAGGCUUCUCUCGCAUACCUUUGGGCUUCAACUCUCAAACUGGGACCCCUGGACAUCAAGUUGCUUAACCCUCAAUUGAUGUCUUUGCCCCUCAAAGUGUUUGACUUGCUGACUUGUACACCCCCUUCCCCCCACUCAGUUUUUGUAAUUCCUCACGUUGAAGACCCCUCAACUGUUUGUUGCUCCUGAUGGCAUUUGAACCCGUACCCGUACAGUGCUGUAUGAAAGUGUGGCCAGCUGGGCACUGGGGGCUUUCAUUGUGACCGUCUCUGUCCCAGUAUAACCCAACUUCCCCCCCACCCCCAAUAGUGAAUAUUAAGGACACUCAAGUAUCCUGCCUACUACGCCUGCCAGGAUCGAGCGAUGUCAGAGACCACCAGCAGGUUGAGAUGAGGACUGCCCUCUGGUUUCGUUUCUCAUUUCUUGUUGUCUUGUUGCCUCACAUAAGUCAAAGUUGAGAUUUGCGUUCAGGAGAUCCAUUAGAGUGUAUGGAGAAAGCCCGGACCACCUUACGGUGAGCUGGGUCUCGACAGGUGACUAUGUCUCCACUGACAACCUGUGCACCGUAACAAGUGUCUGUCUCCAUGGUGCUAAAGGAGCGGGGCGGUCCGGGGGUCCUGGGGAUCCUGCUGUCAUCAGACCCCACUCGAGUUGCAGGGGCUGUGGAGGAAUUGGUCUGGGAGCUGCAUCACCAUAAAGAUGCCCUGAUGGACACUUUGGAAAGGGACCCCCGGAGCAAGGAGUGCCUGCAAACCCUGUGCCGCCUCUUGACCAGUACUAACGUCAGGCUUUGCAGCAAUGCUGUCUACAUCUUGGGCUCUGUCGCUGAGAGUGCCACCAUGGUGGAGCAGCUGGUGUCGGUGGGCAGCACCGGGUACUGGGAGAGCUGGGACGUUUUGGGAAUGCUGAACAGCCUGCUGCGGUGGGACAACCCUGAGCUGGUGAUGAAUGCAGCAGGCACAAUUGGCACUCUGGCGGAGAGCAGCGUGGGCCGUCAGUGGAUCCUGAGUGACCGCACCUUUGAGGACAUCGUGGACAGUGUAACCGAGCUGCUGGACGCUGCCAAUGAAUGGACAGUGAACAACGCUGCCCUCGUCCUGGCCCGCUUGGCACUAUGUGACCAGGGGUGUCGCCAACUGCUAGACCACCAAAACUCUGGCACAGUACUGACCAAGCUGAUGGCCUUGCUACAAGUGGAUAAAGUUGGAAGUGGGAUGAACGCCGCCUUCGCCCUGGGAAGACUGUGUGACAGUGACGCUGGCCGCACGUGUGUCCUUGGCAUGCCCGAGGCUCCGGCAAUGGUCACUGCCCUUGAAGCCAUGGUGUGCCAUGCGGACAGUGCCAGCAGUAAGAAUGCCUGCUUCGCUCUCAGCUGCCUGGCAACCAACAAAGAAGGCCACGCCUACACUCUACAGAGCCCCACCUUCCCCGAGCUGCUGAGCUCGCUGCUACACCUCCUGCAGGUGGAGGACCAGGAUGCCACGUGGUUUGCUGCAAUGGUGGUCAGGGUGCUGGCCGAGCAGCCCAGUGGCGUGUUGAGACUGCGGCAAUGUGGUGACUUGGAGCCACUCCUUCAGAUCCUGGCCCACUCGCCAUCUUCCCAGAAGGAGCUACUAGAUGAAGUGGAGCUCACCCUGAGGAGACUGAGGUGCCUGACAAAGCCGGCAGCCCCCCGGGCACAGCGGCUGAGCCCAACGUCCGUCCUGCUGACCUGGGACAAGGCCAGUCCGGAGAGCCAGCUGGAGGUCACAUACAGCCUCCUGGACAGAGACCACCUACUGUACUGUGGACCCGACUGCUCCUUCACGCUGCUGGACGUCCAGCCUGGUCGGCACUUCAGCUUUCAGCUGAGACUGUCCACCGAUGGGGGGGACGUCAGCCCUCUCAGCGACGCCUCUCACUUUACUCUGACAACUGAGGAAGAGGAGGAGGAAGAAGAGGAGGAGGAUGAAGACAUGCAGCUGCCAAGCUGCCCCCAAGACCUGCGGGUAACUGGGUGCACCACCACCCAGGUGAAGCUGAGUUGGGCACCGCCCAGCCGACCCAGCAGGACCCUUCGAGGUUAUCAGGUCUUCAGGGGUGAGAAGCUGCUGGAGGGCACUUCGGAGCUCAGCUGCAUUGUGGGUGGUCUCGCGCCCAACACCCUCUACGAGUUCUGGGUCUGCGCCAUUAGUACAAGGGGCCGCGGGGCCAAAGCCGGCAUCAGGGCUCGAACAGCGGACACUGGCAACCACGCGCCCAGCCGACUCACAGUCACUGUGCUCGGGCGUCACGAAAUCCUGGUCAGCUGGGAUGUGCCCGAGGCGCUCCUGGGCAAACUCUUCAACUACGAGCUCUCCAUGAACGGCAGAGUGGUCUACCUGGGCACCGAGCGUUCAUACAAGGCCCACCGGCUCACGGCCAACACGGAGUACACCUUCACGGUGAGCUCAAUCACCAGCGAGGGGCGCUACGAGGCCCGUCCUGUCACCAAGAGGACUGCGCGGGACGAGUAUGAGAGCACCACAAGGUGCCUGUAUGCCUCCACGCGGCCGAGCCUACAGCCCCCUGGUCACUCGGCACUGGCCAAGGAAGCAGCAGCUGUGGGGGACACCAGUGAGCCCGUCACUCGAACUCGCCACUCCGGCAAAGUGCCCAGGGCUCAGCUUCAGCUCAGCAAAGGCGACGUCCGAGGGGCAGAUAACGACGGCGGGGGCAAAGCGAGGGCAAGGAGGCUAUCGGCUCAAAUGCAGCGGCCGGAGGGCAGCGAGUGGGCAGCACAGGGUCCUGAGGUGGUGACCAGGCCUGGCCAGGCAGCCCAGCGCUGGCGAAGCCCAGGGCGAGAUGCAGGCGGUGGCAGCGCAGGCAAGAAGGAGGUCCACAUGCUGCUGCUAAACACUGUGUGUGCCUACCCGGGCAAAGGCGGGAACAACGAGGACCACCUUGGUGCAAGAUGGCCACCCAAUGAGGGGAGGAGGCAGCUACCCCGGAGAGCGAGCCCAGCCAGGGGAAAAGGCACUGCCCUCCUGGAGCAGCGCACCAAGUCCGAAACUGAGCUUGUACAGCGGGCACCGCGGAGGAAGAAGAAGGAGAAGAAGGAGGGCAUCUUGUGGAGGAGGGAUUUGUCCUUUGGUGAACAUCCUCAGGGGGCACCAUCCCUAGUGGGCCUGCAGCUCCUGCACUCUGCCAUGGAGUCUCCUGCCACCCUCAAGGCCGCCAGCACUGAGCCGAGACUGCAGCGAGAGGAGCCCCUGAGCACAGAUGCCCCCUGGAGGCUGAGGAACCUGGCUAAAGAUGGCAGUCAGUGCCCCCCUUCAGGCUUAGAGUACAGGAGCCCCUCACUCCCCAGAAUUGUUCCCAGAUUUCCGGUCACUCAGGGUCACAAGCCGGGAUCUCAAGCCGUCCUGCAGGAUAAGGUGAAUGCCACCCGGCGCGUCCACACACUGUCCCAGCUGCAGUCUAAACUGGCUCACAUGCACCUGGACUGGGCACAGCACUAGAGCGACACGGCGAGCCCCUCAAUGCAGUGCCGGUGAGCCUCACCCGCAGGCUGCCCUGACAUGGACACUUCCGGAGAGGAGGACACUGCCACCGCUGCCACCGCCAUCGUGGAGAUAAGCCAGCAGCGGCCUGGACACUUGUGUUCAUCUUACCUCGAGCCAAGUGCAAUGACGACUCCCCAUCCUGCAGAGGGCGCCAGAGCUGAGCAUAAGGUGCCCAGGACCAACGGGAGGCCCCGCCUUAGCUGACUGCUCCUGUCCUGCAGAGGGCGCUGCUUGUCCCUGUGCCCAAUGGCUGCCAGGUGACUCUUCACUGUUAAAACAGGAGCCUUGAAGUACGAAGUCCUGAUGACCAGAAGAAGACUUCUGCCCCCCUAACAGGACCUUCACCUUCAGCGGCCGUCAACACUGACCACCACCCUGUGGGACUGUGCCAAUCUGGCCGUGGCUCGCGCCUCCGCUCAGCUCUUUCAUUUAUUUCUGUUUACUGAAGCCUGCAUGUGAAAAGUCGAGUGGACCUGUUACAUGACGCCGGACAGACGGUGGUCACCUUCAAAGCACUUGUGGCCACCCGUGUGAAGCCACACUAUGUGAUGGCAUGAUGGGCAAAGUACAGGCGGACAUCAUGAGGCGGGCACAAUGUGAAGAGCCAAUGGGGCCAACCGGCAACACUGACACAAGUGUGGCAGGCCGAGAAAGGGCUGAGGUUGGCGAUUACCGCAGUUUGGUGGGCCGCCCAGAUGAGUAAUGACACUGUGAAUUCUAAUGAUUCCGUCCAAUAAAAUUCUCUUUUCUAUA